CUCCUGCUCCUGCUGCAGGCCGGCGGGCGGCGGGGCGAGGAGGCGGGGGUCUGCCAGCCCGGCUUCGCAGCCGACACCUUCGCCUUCGCCGUGCCCCGGGACAGCGUGGAGCCGGGCAGAGCGCUGGGCCGAGUGAGGUUUGCGGACUGCGGCGGGCAGCGGCGGGCGGCGUUCGUCGCGGACGACACGCGCUUCCGCGUGCGCGGAGACGGCUUCGUCUUGGCGAAACGGCCCCUGCAGCUCCACGGACGUGAAAUCACGUUCUCCGUCCACGCCUGGGACGCGGCGGGCGGGAAGCACUCGGCCCGGGUCACCCUCGGCAGGCGGAGGCGGCACGAGCAGCACCAGCACCCGCCGCUCCUCUCCCUGCAGCACGCGGCACCCGACGCGCUGGCCUUCCCCGAGCCUGGCCGCGGCCUCCGGAGGCAGAAGAGGGACUGGGUCAUCCCCCCCAUCAACUGCCCGGAGAACGAGCGGGGACCCUUCCCCAAGAAGCUGGUGCAGAUCAAAUCCAACAAGGACAAGGAGACCAAGGUUUUCUACAGCAUCACGGGGCAGGGGGCGGACACUCCCCCCGUGGGUGUCUUCACCAUCGAGCGGGAGACAGGGUGGCUGGAGGUGACAAAACCGCUGGACAGGGAGGAGAUCGACAGAUACAUCCUCUUCUCCCACGCUGUGUCGGCCAGUGGGCAGCCCGUGGAGGACCCCAUGGAGAUCAUCAUCACAGUGACCGACCAGAACGACAACCGGCCUGUGUUCACCAAGCAGGUCUUCAUCGGCUACAUUGAGGAGGGCGCAAAGCCGGGUACUUCUGUGAUGACGGUGAACGCAACGGAUGCGGACGAUGGGGUGAAUGUGGACAACGGUAUCAUCAACUACUCCAUCCUCAGCCAGGAUCCACCGCACCAGAUGUUCACCAUCGACCCGGUGAAGGGUGUUAUCAGCGUUAUCGCCACAGGGCUGGACAGAGAGAGCACUCCCAACUACACACUGAUCAUCCAGGCAGCGGACCAGGAGGGCAAGGGCCUGACCACCACAGCUACGGCCAUCAUUGAAGUCACCGAUGCCAACGACAACACUCCCAUCUUUGACCCCACCAUGUACGAGGGAACAGUGGAAGAGAACAAGGUAGGGGUGGUGGUGGCCCGUCUGAAGGUGAAGGACCUGGACAUGCAGGGCUCCCCUGCCUGGCGAGCCGUCUACCAUAUCAAGAGUGGGGACCAGGACAACGAUUUCAGCAUCACUACCGACCCCAAAACCAACGAUGGCAUCCUCAGAACUGCCAAGGGCCUGGAUUAUGAGAUGAAGAACCGAUAUGAACUCGUGGUGGGGGUGGAGAAUGAAGUCCCAUUGACUGUGUCCCUCCCCACCUCCACGGCCAGCGUCUUGGUGAUAGUCAGAGACGUGAACGAAGCCCCCAUCUUCAUGCCCCCUGUCAAGAGGGUGGAGGUGUCGGAAGAUUUGCCUGUGGGGCAGGAGGUUACAUCCUACACAGCCCAGGACCCAGACAAGGAUCAGAGACAGAAAAUCACGUACCGGAUGGGCAGCGACCCCGCAGGGUGGCUGGCCAUCGACCCUGAGAACGGCAUCGUCAGCGCUGCCCGGGCGCUGGACCGGGAGUCGGCGCACACCCUGAACAGCACCUACAAGGCUAUCGUGCUGGCCGUGGACAGCGGGGCACCGGAUGCCACCGGCACGGGGACGCUGCUCCUCGUGCUGCAGGACGUCAACGACAACGGGCCCACGCCAGAGCCCCGCUUCUUCGACAUCUGCAACCGGCGGCCCGAGCAGCAGACACUGACCAUCGUAGAUAAGGACCUGCCCCCCAACACCUACCCCUUCCAGGCAGUGCUGGAGCAUGGCUCCAGCUCCAACUGGACUGUCAGCGUGGCCGGCCAAGAUCUGUUGGUCCUCAACCUGGUGAAGGAGCUGGAGCCGGGGGAGUACAACAUCUUCCUGAAGCUGACGGAUGGCCAGGGCAAGGCACAGGUGACCUUGGUCAAAGCCCAGGUGUGCGAGUGCGAGGGGGCAGCCAAGAACUGCGAGUGGCGGGCGAUGCCAAUUGAAGGGCUGGGCGUCCCUGCCAUCCUGGGCAUCCUGGGGGGCAUCUUGGCGCUGCUGAUCCUGCUGCUGCUGCUCUUGCUCUUCGCCAAGAGGAGGAAGGUGGUGAAGGAGCCGCUGCUGCCGCCCGAGGACGACAUGCGGGACAACGUGUACCACUACGACGAGGAAGGCGGCGGUGAGGAGGACCAGGACUAUGACCUGAGCCAGCUGCACCGGGGGCUGGACGCCCGCCCCGAGGUCAUCCGCAACGAUGUGGCCCCCCCGCUGAUGGCAGCCCCCCAGUACCGGCCCCGGCCCGCCAACCCCGACGAGAUCGGCAACUUCAUCGACGAGAACCUGAAGGCGGCCGACACGGACCCCACGGCCCCCCCCUACGACUCCCUGCUGGUGUUCGACUACGAGGGCAGCGGCUCGGAGGCCACCUCGCUCAGCUCCCUCAACUCCUCCGCCUCCGACCGCGACCAGGACUACGACUACCUCCACGACUGGGGCAACCGCUUCAAGAAGCUGGCGGACCUCUACGGCGGCGGCGAGGAGGACGACUAGAGCCCCCCGCCGCCCCCAACCCAGGUGGCCGCCACAGCUCAUGUCAUUUCAGACCCCCAGAUUUAGGCCAGCAUGCCUGCCCUGCCCCAGCUGUGGGGCGGGCAACCAAAAUCUCCUUGGACCC